GUUCAGUAGUUCGUGUGAAUUCCAGCAGGGCGUAGCUAUAAAAUGUAUCACUACCAGCAAGAGUAGAAGUGUGGGGCUGUGAUAAGAGCCGGUAACCGGCUAAUCUCAACUCAUACGUCCAUAUGGGAACACCUAGAAAGGGCGAUUCGGUUCCAUUAAGCUGAAACACUAGCACGCUGCCGGCAGUCGGGCAAAGAGAGCACCGUAACUUAAGUGACUAAAGUUUAGUCAUAGCAAUUUAGCCAUGAGCAGCGACAAUCAUUUUCAGUACGAUGCGGAAGCGGACAAGAGCUUCGCCUUCGAUGACCAGAGCAUCCGGAAGGGAUUUAUUCGAAAGGUCUACUUGAUAUUGAUGUGCCAAUUGCUGAUCACUUUCGGUUUUGUUAGCGUAUUUACGUUCUCGAAAGCUUCGCAGGAAUGGGUGCAAAAAAAUCCGGCACUGUUUUGGAUAGCCUUGGCCGUUCUUAUCGUGACCAUGAUCUGUAUGGCCUGCUGCGAAAGUGUACGCCGUAAGACGCCUCUUAACUUCAUCUUUCUUUUCCUGUUCACCGUGGCGGAGUCGUUCCUUCUGGGUAUGGUCGCCGGACAGUUUGAGGCUGAUGAGGUCCUGAUGGCAGUGGGAAUUACGGCCGCGGUGGCCCUGGGACUCACCCUGUUUGCCCUGCAGACCAAAUACGAUUUUACGAUGUGCGGAGGAGUGUUGGUGGCCUGUCUGGUGGUCUUCAUCAUUUUUGGUAUAAUCGCUAUCUUCAUACCGGGCAAGGUGAUCGGACUGGUCUAUGCCUCCUUGGGAGCAUUGCUCUUCUCCGUUUACUUGGUGUACGAUACCCAGUUGAUGCUGGGUGGUAAUCAUAAGUACUCCAUCAGUCCUGAGGAAUACAUCUUCGCCGCUCUAAACCUCUACCUGGACAUUAUUAACAUCUUCAUGUACAUACUGACCAUUAUCGGAUUGUCUCGCAAUUAGACUGGUCAUUAUGAUCCAUAGCUUCUAUUCCAGUUUUAGAAAUGUAACUUAAUUUUAUGUGCCCAGUGCCACCUUAGCCGGAAAGAAAUACAAGACGACUAACUAAUCC